AUGUACCGCGAAACAACCGUCGGCAAGAGCUUGCUCCGAUUCAAAGAGUCUGCACGCAGAUCAAGAACCGUAGUCUAUGGUCAGGCGAGGAGGCUAGGUGAUGCCAUGGACAAUGACAUUACUGCCAGUGUCGGCACUCAGCUAUGCGGCGGUGACGAGCAGCGCAAAUAUCUGUGGAUACAUGCAUCCAAGGCAGGCCUUGGCUGCGACCCCACGUCAUGGAUCAUGAAAAUACACAUUCCAGGCAAGUUAUGGGAGGGCUUUUGCACAAGAAGUAACACAAAAGCUCACAUUGCCCUAAAUGAUAAAUCAGAAGGUAUUCAUAGAGUACUAUGGGAUGUUGAUGAGGCCUGUGAUGUUUAA